AUGGGUACUUCACCAAUAUACUUCUGGCGUGAAACCGCUUAUGCAGGCUACCUUUCCCAAUGGUGGGCGAGCGACCCCUACUGCUCCCAUCCCUCGUCAUCAUCCUCACCGGAUUCCUCGAUAAUAACUUACAAAACAGCCGAGCAUUACAUGAUGCACGGCAAAGCCAUACUCUUCAACGAUCCCGAAACCGCUCUCGCCAUCCUCGAGGCAGACCAUCCCCGGGAAGUAAAGACACUAGGCCGCAAGGUCGCAAAUUUCAACGAAGAUGUCUGGAACGAGAGCCGAGAGCGCAUCGUCCGGGAGGGCAACCUGCUCAAGUUCCGCAGUAGCCCGGAAUUGAAGGCGCAGUUGCUGGCCACAGGGGACCGAGAGUUGGUCGAGGCGAGCCCGUUCGAUCGGAUCUGGGGAAUCGGCUUCAGCCCCCAGAAGGCACCCACGACUAAACGAAGUGCGUGGGGGUUGAACUUGCUAGGCAAAGUGUUGAUGGAGGUUAGAACGCAGCUGAGAGAGGAAGACAGUGCCGCAGCAGGGGCCAAGGAAGAUAAGUAG